AUGUUGCUCAUGAUCGUCAUGGCUGGCAACUACUGGUUCGAGCUCCACAGCCAGCAGACGACCUAUGCCACACCGGAGGGCCGAGAGCUUUCGAGCGAAUGGUUCUCCUGGAACGAGGACGGAUGCUGCCGACUUGCCGCCGGAGUGCUUGAGACGCAGAGGGUGAAAGGUUUUCACAUAAAGUGGGGCUGCAACCAGUAUGCGACAUAUGGCCGCUCAACCCUCUUGGUCUACACAGAAUCUUCCUUCGUGGAGCAGACGACACCUGCAGCUUUCCAGGUCACAGACCAGAAUUCCACAGCUGAAGAUCUCGGCUUCCCUGACCUGGACCUGGACUACGAUGAACUUGGAGGCACUCUCUCGUGGUCCGACCCCGUCAUGACAAGCGAGAUCGAGCAAUAUUUGGUCUACCUGGCGGGUGAUGAGGUUGGCAAUGAUCGCUCGCUGUAUGCGAACUUCAGCUUCGGCGCCACCAACCUCUCCGUCCCUGCAGAGACCAACAGAUCCGGCUACAUCUACUGGCUGGUUUACACGACUUCUAGCCUCAUAGAGCAGACGACUCCGGCGGAGCUACUCAUCUUCGACGUCAAUGGCACUGUGGAUGCACCCUUCUUCGUUGGCCAGGAUCUGAACUUGGACAAUCUGGAGGGCUCCUUGCAGUGGACUCCACAGGCAUCCUCAGCGCAGACGCAAAACAUCCAGGACUACAUCAUCUACCUGGCAACUAGCUCCAGUGGGGACACGAGGUCUCAGGUCGGAGCAGCUGUGCCCGUGGGGACCAAUCUGCAAAGUUUCUCAAACUCUUUGGUUCGCGGCAGCCAGACUCACUUCCUGGUCUAUGCCAGAUCAUCCCUUGCAGAGCAGAGUACGCCUGCUUUCAUCAAAUUUGCAGAUGCUGCGGCAUUGUUCCAGGCCAGAGACUUGUUCUUCUCGGACGGCGAUUUGGACGAGGGAGAGAUUGCUGGGAACCUCUCAUGGGUACCGCCAGAUGUGAUUGGGGAUGUAACAUUUUUCCGCAUCUACUUCUCCACCACUGGGACCACCCAAAGCGGCGACACGACAGCUCUUCUGGAAGAGGUCGAUGUCAGCUUGAGCGACAAGGUGAUAGCCGCUGACACAUCACUUCAGUCCUACGCCUUCUUGGCCAUGACCUCCAACUCCCCCUCCACGGAACAACGGACGCCCUCGACUUGGCUCAUUUACGACGAAGUUGCCAGUGUUGCGAAUGUGAGUUUCGUGGAUCUGGACCUCGAUGAAUCGCAGCUGGGUGGGACCAUCGAAUGGGACCCGCCUCUACGCACGGCGGCCGUGUCUGCCUAUCUGGCCUACCUGGCGCAAGAUGGAACUGGUGCCUUUAAGUCUCAGAUCGAAGAAGGCGUCCCACACGUGGACGGGGCCACCGUUCUGGACAUGCCGACCGACACGCCGGUUGGAUCCAACACCGACAUCGUGGUUUAUACGCGCUCCACAUUGGUAGAGCAGACCACACCGGCCUCCCUUUCCUUCUCGGACACUGUGGCCAGUGUUUCGGGUCUUGCUUUUCCAGACCUGGACCUCGAUGGCGGUGAGGUAGGAGGGACCUUGGACUGGUCGCCCCCGACCGAGAUGACUUACGUCAGCGCCUUCAACGUCUAUUUUGCCGUGGACGCAUUGGGAACCAAUCGGUCUCAGCUGGGCUCCCUUGAUGUCGCAGGCACCAGUUACGAUGCCAACACGAGCAAUAUGUUCGAUGUGCUUGCCAACUCGGACUUCACCGACUUCUCGCACUGUGUUGUCUACACCAGCUCCACAUUGGCAGAGCAGUCGACGCCAGCCUUCCUUGCCGUGCAGGACUACGAUGGUUCGGUGAGCAACAUUCAGUUCAGUGACAAGGACCUGGAUUUGUCUGAAGUCGGCGGCGAUGUGCAUUGGCAACCUCCCUCCCUGCUGGAUGGGCGCUUGGCCUCCUACAGCAUCUACCUGUCUUCCACGACGCUGGGGCAAACGAAGCAAAACACAAUCAAGGGUUCGUUGAGAUUCGUUAUGAAGCCUCGCAUUGAAAUUCUUCAAGAGGUGGUGCUGGCAGCAGACACCGCGCGGAGCGAUUUCGAUUACGUGCUCGUUUCUGCAGCAUCCGCUCUCGAGGAGAGUCGUUCCAUUGGCGUGUCAGCGUUUCUGCUUUGA